AGAGAAAACUUUUCUCUUUCGUUUACUACCAACAUCUGUGAUUGGCGUGUAACGGUUUGUCCGGAAUUUCCAUUCAAAGUGGAUUUUGACAGUUGGCUUUUAGGCCGUAAUCAUAUGUUUGUCGAGAAUUUUCAUGCAUUUUCUAGCAUAUACUUCUAGUAAAUAUUCAAUGAGUGGAUAGACCGAAUACGUCCAAUGCACAAAAUUUGCAGCAGAAGAAACGAGAGGCAGAUCAAAAAGUAUGAUAUCGGUGAUUAAAAAAAAGUUCUGCGUAUGCCUGGUCCAGACAUUUACAGACUUUUAAAACAGUAAUAAACUGACCGAUUUUCUUCAGAAAAUAAUAGAUGUGUCCCAGCAUGCAAAGAAUUACGAAUCAAAUACCGUUCAUACUUUUACCAUUUAGAUUUUUUUUAAGAAAUUUAGAACUUAAUCUUUCACGGAAUCUUUUUGGUCUUUUUCGGAGUAACGAACCAAUGAUCUCUAAAUGCGCAGGUAUCCUUCUGUUGAUCAACAGCAUGCGGCAGCUGUUCAAAUCGUAAAAUUAUUUCCACAACUUAGUAAUACGCGAGUCACACCAACUGCUCCUGAUGAGUCAUUUUUCUUUUGGCGCAACGGAGGCAAGGAAAAGGGUGCUCAUACUGGCAUGAUAUUUCAUCGCAUCCGGAAUGUCAUCAAACAGCUACCUGCAGGAAAACAUAAAUAUAAUCGAGGAACUAUGCCUGUAGAAGAGUCCGUUUCAACUGAACUUGUAGAGCGGGCUCAAUUGCUCCGAGUAAUGCUUGCAUCGGCAUCAGUAGCAGAACAUAUUUGUGAUGAAAUGGACCGAUGCUUUCCAGUCCUCAAACUGUUAUUAAAAGAAAAGAAACCCGUUAAUGAUAUCUUGGAUAUGUUUCCACACCUGUGUUCAUAUGAAGGAUUGGUGAUUCGUCAAAUGUUUGAGAGAUUGUAUCCUAACAGAACAGAAGGUCUCAAAAUCGAGGAUGUCUUCUCUCAGUGUCUAUCUUAUUCACCGUCCAGAUUCUCUAGAGUAGAAGAUGAUCACAUUCGAGGAUGCUUGAGAAUAAUUUCUCAUAUGCCAAUUCGCGGACAAAAAAGAACGCUGGUAGGCUGUCCAACUGUAGGCGAAGAACAUUCGGCUUCAAUUUUAAUUCGUUGGAUUGGGGAGUGCUUAGAUACAUACGUGGCAUCCCCCGCAACUGAUUCCAAACUACACAUGGUGUGCGUAGCAAGCCCGAUGAAAAGAGGAAAUUAUGCCGUCAUUUGUGAGAAAAAAGUUAUAUUCGAGACUAACAAUUCUAUUCAUGCAGUGGAAAUUUUAUUCAAAUGCUACGCAGUUCUCGGAGUGGAGGUGCCACCUAAUUUUAGAAUGUUUUGGGACUUUCUGGCAUGUGCCAUAUAUAAUAUAAUUCCGCACAGUCAGAGGACAACUGUGAAUAGACUCGUCCAAACUUUUAUUGAAGUUUCCCGCGCACGUAUUGACAACAAAUAAAAGGACAACUUUUUUAUACAAUACUUACUAAAAACCAUAAAAUU